AUGGAAACCGACCAGACCAAGCAACGCAGGUCUCCCGAACAGCCUGGCCUCGAAGUGGCGAUACCCGAUGGGCUGAUUCCGAAGUAUGAGAGAGACGCACCGCUCUAUUACGCCGGAGAUGGAUCCGAGGCACCGAUACCGGUCGAAACAGAGGUUGGCCAAGGCCUAGAAGUCAAAGGUGCGAAGGAUGCCCCGCGAACAAUAUGCGGGUUCCGGCGCCGGCAUUUCUGGAUUGCAGUGGUGGUUGCAGUGGUUGUUAUUGCUGUAGCGGCAGGUGUAGGCGGGUCUGUUGCGAACAAGAACUCCGGUUCCUCCGUCCCUACCUCGACUGCAACAGCCGCCUCUACUUCGACUUCGGCGUCGACUUCGGCAACCUCCAGCGCCACCAGCUGUCCGGCGAACGGGACGACAAUCACCGUCCAGCAAAGGGACUAUAUCCGGUUAUGCGACACGGAUCUUUGCUCCGACAAGGGUGGUUGCGCGAGCGUCACCAUCUCCAACGACGAUCUCGUAAACUUCAAGACCAAUUCCCUGGAACAGUGCAUCCAGCGCUGCGUGAGCUAUAAUAUCAUGAUUAAGGGAGCUCCAUGCAAGGGAGUGAGCUGGGACGAAAAAGCACCUUCAUCCACCAACCGCACCCAUCGCUGCUUCUUGAAGAAUGACACGAGUAUCAGAAAGACGGCACCAAGUGGCUGGACCAUUCUCAGUGCAGUCGCCGUGGAGUGA